UUGCACAUCAUGUUAUAGAUCGAUAGACAAAACAAUUCAACUCCUGAAAACUCUUUUUACCGUCUUUGCCAUUUUUUGCAAGGGAUCGAUGGCGCAGCCGAGCAAGGAGCCGUGCAAGAAGGAGGCGUGCGACAUCCAAGCCUGCCUCACCAAGAACAAUUUCAUCCCUCAGAAGUGUCUGAAGUUCAUCGAGGCGCUGCAAUCUUGCUGCGAGCACUGUGAAUACAAAUCAACACACUGUGCUUCUGUCUCUGGCCUUUUGAAGCAGAAGCCUAAGUCGAAGGCUAAGUAAAAGAGCAUGCUGCCUUGGCUUCCUUUGUUUUGACUUUGGGCAAAUAAAGUUCUCGUUUUCGCCCUGCAACAUAUUGGUACACUAUGUGAUUGGGCAACUGUUUUGUCGAGAGCAGUAUCUAAUAGGGAAAAGCUGGAUUUUUUUCCUUGCAUAGCGUGGUGGUCUGAGAAGCAGUAGCCAUGAGAAGUUUGCAUUCAGUUACGUCUUAUGAGAACUGAGCUGUCUAAAUAGCACCGCUGACAUGUUUGAGCCUGAGGAUGUCAUAUGUCAUGAAAUAGGGAGAAAUCUUCUUUGGAUUAUUUACUAACCAGAUGUGCCUGUGCCUGUAUAUGUUUGAGAUUCUUCCCUGUACCAGCAUAAGAACUACCGCUUCCUUUCUACAUAUUUUAUCAUGUAGGAAGCAAGUACAGUUGGAUGUGGGACAGAUCAAUGAAUGGAUUGUUCAUCUCUCUCUC